ACCAAAUUAUCUCAUCAAGUUGGAGAAUUACUUCGAGAAUUACAACAAGAAUACUUAAUUUCUGUUUCAGAUAAUAUCGCUAGUGUUAUUAAAUCUCAAGAAUUUUUUAAUGAUGUUGAAUGUUUAGCACGAAUUUUAUAUCCUGCAAAGGAAGCUAUAAAAGCAGUUGAAUACAAAUCAACAACUUUGCAGAUGAUAUUUUUUCAUCCAAAAUAUCAUGGAGCUGGAUUGCAAAUUGGUAGAUUUCAAAUUAUUGCCAAAGCAGCUUUAAAUAUUUGGAAAUCGUUAGGUGGUGGUGAUAAAUCAGCAGGAAUUUUACUUAAUCAAAUGAAAAAUUAUCAUGAAUUUAUAAAGCCAUAUGAUGAUCAUUGA